CUAUAUAGAUGUAUAUAUAUACUUUAAUGCCCACUACCGUUUCUCGGAGCGAAUUCGGUUUUAUCGGUUAAAGUUAACGUAUUAUUACCUUUAGAAAUUUAGGUCUUUGUGAAUUAAAUAAUUAAAGUGUAAUUUUUAUAUACUGUUAGAGCUUAUUCAGCUUUUCAGUUAUAAUGGCUAAAAACGGUCGUAAGGAGGUGGAACAGCGUAAGGGUGAAGAAAAGAAAGAGCCGCAAAUACGAGACGAACAGCAAGAAGCAUUAAGAGAAAAGGCCAUAAAAAAUAUGGCUAAACGGCCAGACUAUGGAAAAACCGGUCGCCACACUCACGUUCUUACGAAUUAUUUUGAAGUUAAAAAGAUAGCAAAUAAGCCAUACCUUGAAAAAUAUGAUAUAUCUAUGAAGCUUAUAAUUCAACAAAGACCCGAGGGAGAAGGUAAUCAAAGAAGACGCGCCCCAAAGCAACCAAAGCAACAAAAGCAGCUUCCUGUGCAUGUACAGCGCAUGGUAUUCCAACAACUAGAAAAACAAGAACGUAAUGGUUGGUUCAAAGGAAUUGGUGUAGUAUUUGAUGGAAAUACAACUCUUUACUCUACCGAUUUAUUGAGAUUAAAUAGUCCAGAUUCCGGAAAUACAUCGGUUAGUUUAAAAGAUGAUCAAGAUUCAAGGGGGAACCCAAUGGAAUAUAAAGUUGAAGUUCAGAAACUUGACAGAGUUGACUUAGGCGAAUUAAAGAAAUGUCUUGAGGGUAAAGAAAUGAAAUGGGAAUAUUUUGAUCUAGUUGGAAUAAGAGGAUUAAAUGCUCUCAUACAUCAUAUUCCAUCAAUGAAAUAUACACAAUUUGGCGAAUCCACAUAUUUGCCUUCAACUCGCAAAUCAUUAGGAGGUGGUGUUGAGCUAUGGAUGGGAUGGUUUGAAAGUGUGAGACCUGGACAAGAUAGCUAUUUUGUUAAUGUCAAUACAACUUAUACUGUAUUUUACGAACCUGGUAUUCUUUCAAAUUUGAUUCCGAAAUACCUUAAUUCCAGCAUCCCAGAACGUUUUAGUCAAAAUCAGCAUGAUAGAGUGACUGAACUUAUACGUGGUUUACAAUUUAGACCUGUUCAUCGUCCUCAAGUGAAUACAAGAUUAAAAAUCAAAAGGCUUUGCCCGAAUAAUGCCUAUGAUAUUAAAAUUGAUAUGCCAGAUUCUGGUGAAAAAGUUGAUAUUUACACAUACUUCCAACAUCGUUAUAAUAUCACUUUACGUCAUGUACAUCUUGUUGAACUUGAAGGUCGCAGAAAUGAUAAAGUUCCAAUAGAACUUUGCAAUGUUAUUGAGGGACAACGAUUUCCUGUUGCAAAAUUAACCAGUGCUCAGAGAGGAGCAAUGAUAAAACAUACCGCUUUACGACCUCAAGAAAAUGUACAUCGAAUUAAUGAGGGUGUACAAGAUGUUUUACAAUUUGAAAAAGACUUUAAAUUAAGCAGCUUUGGGAUGGAAGUUGAUGAGCAAAUGGCGAUUAUUCCUGCUCGUGUUUUGAAGCCACCACAAAUUUCAUAUCAUUCCACUUCCAAGGCGGGUGGAACUGUAAGACCUAAAGAAGGUGGAUGGAAUCUGAGAGAUCGUAAAUUUGUACGAAGUGGAAAUACUCUUCGCUAUUGGGUUGUAGUUGCAUUUAUUGAUCAGCGAAAAUUCAACCAGGCGAAGCAAUUUGUAAAAGAGCUUGUCAAUACUAGCCGACAACAGGGAAUGGAUAUUGCAGAGACUAAUCCUAGAAUCAAUUGUGUCAAGCCACAUGGUGAUGCACAAACAUAUCAACGCAUGAUUGAGGCAGAGUAUAAUAAUGCGAGAAAUCAUCUUUUGAAUGAUUUACAACUUAUGCUUUUUGUUCUCCCGGAUGAUGAUGAAAAGCGUUAUCGGGCCAUAAAAUAUACCACUGACACUAUUAUUGGUGUUCCUUCACAGUGUGUACAACUUGAUAAGGUGUAUAAAACAAGUAAACAAUAUUGUGCCAAUGUAGCGCUUAAAAUAAAUUUGAAGCUUGGUGGAACCAAUCAGUCUCUCGAGGAAACAGAAAUUCCUCAGUUAACAAAAGAACCAGUUAUGCUGCUUGGUGCAGAUGUUACUCACCCUACUGGUGGACGUGCUGGGCCUUCAAAUAUGCCUUCAAUCUGUGCAGUUGUUGGUUCCCUUGAUCGUCAAGGCGGAAGGUUUAUCUCUAAACUUGAAAGUCAAAGAACAAGGCAAGAAAAGAUUGAAAAUAUGGGUGGUAUGGUUAAGGAAAUUUUAAUAGAUUAUCGUUCAAAAAACAAUAUUUUACCUCUGCGAAUUAUCAUGUAUCGUGAUGGUGUAUCUGAGAGUCAAUUUGAAAUGGUUUUAACACAUGAACUUGAAAAAAUCAAAGAUGCUUGCAAAGAAAUUGACGAAACAUAUAAUCCUCCUAUUACUUUUGUGAUUGUAGGCAAAAGACAUCACACAAGAUUUUAUCCACAACAAAAAAACGAUACUGAUAGUAAAGGAAAUUGUGUAGCUGGUACUGUUGUAGACCGUAAAAUAACACAUCCAUAUUUAUUUGAUUUUUUUUUACAAUCACACACAAGUUUACAUGGGACCUCUCGUCCAGCUCAUUAUCAUGUUCUUUUUGAUGAAAAUAAAUUUACAUCUGAUAUACUGCAAAACUUGACACAUAAACUUUGCUAUAAUUAUCAACGUGCUACCCGUUCUGUUUCUAUUGCACCGGCAGCUUAUUAUGCACAUUUGGCGGCUAAACGUGCACGAUUACAUCUUGAACAACAGCCACGUGGAGAAACAGAAUUUGUAUUGAAAGAAGUUAAAGAAAGUUUAGCUAAAGAUAAUACGAUGUAUUUUAUUUAAUCAUUCUUUCUUAGAUCAUACAAAUUAAAAAAAGAAAAAAUAAAUUAUUUUUGUAUAAAAAAAUUUUAUUGCAAUAAUUUAAAAAAAAUUACUUUUUAUGAUAAAAGGAUACCAACUAGUUA